AUGGAUAAAUUAUUUUCAGAGGUACUAUUAAAUAGAGUAGUAAAUCAAAAGAUAUUUGAGAAUGUUUCGAUUUUAUCAACAAAUAAAGGUGGUAAAUCAUUCGAGUGGAACGAAGUUAUAAAGAAUCCAUAUGUGAUGUGCGCACAUAAUCUAUUGGAUCAUUUAAAGUCGUAUUUGGAGAGUGACAGUGUUAAGUACAAUGGUGUAACUAGAGAUGAAUACUCCACUGAAUUCAAUAUCAAUAGUAAAGGUAGACUUGAUGAAUCAUUGGUUUUGGAGCAUGCCAUAAUCGGUGGAAGCUUAGAGAUGGUAGAAUAUCUAAUGAAUCACUUUAGACUAGUCGGGUCAAAGGUUGGUCAGGAUAGAAUUGGCAAGCUUCGAGAAGCAACACUCGAUAGUAUGUUGAUACAGUGCUCUGAAAAUGGAAGAAUCGAUGUUGCUCAAUAUCUUUUGGCCACUUUCCCCGAACACUAUUGGGAUUAUUAUAGCGCUAUGGUGAUUGCUCCAAAAUCCGGUGACAUGGAGACCUUGAAGUUCUUUAUUGAUUUGGUAGACACUCAUGGAAUUGAUAGAAGCCAACAAUCUAAUGUAUUCAAUACAGCAGCCCAGUACGGUACUGUGGAAUUGAUUAAAUUGUUAAAAGACAAUAGAGAAAAAGAUUUUAGCAAAAGCAAUAUGUUCCUAUAUGCAAUCUACAACGGAAAUAUUAAGGUACUCCAUUAUCUUCUCGAAGAACACAUCGGACUUCUCAAUCGAAAUGACACCAAUCUCUUGGAAAGUGCAGCAAACUACAAUCAAUUUGAAAUAUUCAAAUUAUUAUUUCAACAUAACUGUGUUUACUCUGACCAAGUCAUUGAAUAUAUAGCUGCCAAGGGUAAUCUGGAAAUGCUUGUAUGGGUCCAACAACAAACAAACUGUGAACUAACAAGUCAAGUAAUGGAGUGGGCCACAUUUAAUGGACAUACCGAGAUGGUUAAGUGGUUAUUUAAGAAUACGACACUGACUUGCAAUGAAGAAAUGGUGGAUGGAGCAAUCGGCCAAGGUCAUUUGGAAACUGUUCAAUUGCUUUACGAAAAUUGCACAUCAAGAGCUUCAUCUAUGGCAUUGACAAACGCUGUAUCUGAUAACCAUAUCAACGUUGUUAGAUGGAUGAUUGAGAAUAAUCAUUCCUUUGGCCAACAGGAUGAUGCUAUGAGUACAGCAGUGGUACGUGGUCACUUGGAAUGCCUAAAAUACCUUCACGAAAAUACUACAUUUGGUUGUACACCUAAUGAUAUGGAUCAAGCAGCAUACAAUGGUGAUCUAAAUGUUAUCAAAUUCCUAACCGAGAAUAGAAGUGAAGGAUGUUCAACGCAAGCGAUGGAUAAUGCUAUAACGGAAGGACACAUGGAUGUUUUAGAGUACCUCCAUUUAAAUCGAACCGAAGGUUGCACAAGUGGCGUACUGCCAUUAGCAAUUAAAAAUGGUGAAAUCAAAAUUGCUCUUUGGUUAAUGAAAAAUAGAACCGAAUGUAAACAAACGUUAGAGUUUGGAGACAUAGAAGGCUUUAUCGAUAAUAUUCUCGUAAAUGAUUAUCAUGAAACAUUGGAAUGGAUACUUAAUAAUAUUUCUAUACCAACUGAACAAAUAAUCAAUUAUAAGAAUGCAUUAAUCGAAAGAUAUCCAAACUCUAUUAGAUCUCUACAAUUAUUAAAUAAACAUUAA